CUAGAGGAUCAUAAACUAGAUGUACCCAAGUAAAGUACAAGUACCUCAAACCAGCAGCUCACUGACUUUAUCUUCAGCUCCACGUGCCUCUGACACCGGACUUCUCUGUGUAAAUGUGGUGGUUUGUUUCCACCUGUAGCCUCAGAAAACAUCCUUCUUGUUGCUGAGCCAGUCGGGGGCGCUAUGGAUCCAUGUGACCCAGAUGUGCGGCGGCGACUGCUGGAACCCUGUGAUGUCACUUCAUCCCCUGCCUGCCAUUCAGACCCCCGCCCCCUCCCGGCUGUGGAGGAAUCCGGGGUUCUGCAGCUGGGGGGCGUGGUGUACCUGCUGUUCUCCAGGGUCCAUGAUGGAGGAAGUUUCUCUGUUUAUAGAGGGACUUCAGAUGAAGGCCAAGUGCUCAUCAAGGUGGACAGCUGCUCCCUUCCCUGGGACUUCCAUCAGUUUAAUCGUCUGAAGAAGAACUGCUCCACUCCUGACAGCCUUCCUCUGCUCAGCUGCUUCGUGUUCCUGGAUGGCUGCAUCACCGUCUACACCGCCCCGCCAGGGCACAGGUUCACCGCGCUGACAAAGGGGACUCCAGAGCUGUCAGUGACUCAUGAAGCUGUGUGGCUGCUGCAGCUGGUGUCACAGCUUCACGCCUGCAGGCUCGUGCAUGCAGCGCUGCGGCCUGAUCUUCUCACCUGUUUCUCCAGAGGUGUCCUGGGCUCUGGUUACGUCUUUCCCGUGGACUGGUCCUCCUCGGUGGACCUGGACCUCCAGCAGAAUGUCACAUCGGUCCAGCAGCUCUGCUCAGCUCAGACCUACAUCAGUCUGGGUCUCCUGGAGCCGACUGCACCGCCACACCUGGUGGACCUGGUGGGCAUCGCCGAAACUGUCCAUCUGCUCCUGACCAACAGCAGCAUGGUCCUGGUGAAAGACGACGAGGGCUGGACGGCAGAGCAGUUCAGUGGGAACAAGCCCUGCUACAUCUUUUCCCACAUGUGGAGGAGGUUUUUCCGAUCGCUGCUGAACGCCGGCGACCGUUCGUCUCUGACCGUCCUGUCGGAGCUGAAGGAGCAGAUGUCGGCUCUUUACCCUGAAACACCUGUUUAGCCUCUGGUUGUCCUCAUGUAUAUGUGUUGUUAUAUCUGGUUAACUACAUUUUAAACAAGUGUCAUAGUAUUGUUUUUUC